GUCGCCAUUUUUCGGUCUCCGGCAGUCUACGCUUAUCUGGCGGCUCGGGUGAAAAGGGGGGGAAGAGCAGAAACGAGCGCAGGGGGGGAAAGUGAGCUAAAAUAUCCGAACCGUUAAUUUCGGGAUUCUCCGUGAGCGGUCGGGAGUGCACGCGACAGAGCCGAGCAGCCAGCCCAACGGUCGCGGCCCCUCUGAGAUGCACGCGCAGGAGCCGAGCAGCCGCCGCCGCGAGAUCAUUUCUGGUGUGAAGACGUGUUGCGGGCCGCCAUUUUUCUGCUGUGUUGCCUCAAAAGUCUGCUCCGAGUCGAGAGAGAGAGGGUUCAAAAGCCCGUUUCCAUGACGUGUGCCUUACUCUAAGAACGACGAGACUUCAAACUAAUCAUUUCUGCCUCCUACUUCGGCGGUCAGAUGUGAGGAUUUAUCAGAUGUAAAAGAAAAAGAAAGAAGAGGAAAAAACCCGAAGGGGACCACCUUUUCCGUUCUCAUAACUGACACUGACUGGAGGAGAUAAAUUUAUUAGAAGAGAAGCCUGGUGGUUUUCUCGGAAGGCGGAACGAAAAGGGGAAGCUUUUAUUGAUCAUUGUCGCUUCGGGCGUCCGUCUAUGUUGGUCUGUCGUAAGUUUAUUUUCCUGCUCUUAUUUUGGCGAUUGUUCAGCCCGCUGACUGCUGAACACAGGAACCACAUUAUGCUCCAAAGUUGGAUCAAGUCAGCCUGUGUGUGAAAACGUCAGGUUGUUGUAUUUUUGCUGUUUUUAUUUUUCAAAAAAUAACCUCCAGAGCCUGCAGCGUUUGUGCAGAAAUCCCCCCAGAAAGCUUCAUGCCCUGCCCUGCAUCUUCCAAAUCCUGCUAUUUGCUGUGAUUGGCCCAUAGCAGCCACGCGUUUUAACUUAUUGUCUAGGCUGCGCUUUAGUAUUUUUUCUCGUCUUAUUUGUAGACUUAUAUUAACUUAUUGUUCUGAACAGAAAUGUCAACUGCUCGGUUUGAUUCAUCCGAUCGGUCCGCCUGGUAUUUUGGACCCGUGUCACGGCAAGAGGCACAGAAUAGGUUACAAGGACAGAGACAUGGCAUGUUCCUUGUUCGAGACUCGUCGACCUGCCCGGGCGACUACGUGUUGUCAGUGUCUGAAAACUCCAAAGUGUCUCACUAUAUCAUCAACUCUUUGCCCAGCAAGAGGUUCAAGAUCGGCGACCAGGAGUUCGACCACCUCCCGGCUCUCCUGGAGUUCUACAAAAUCCACUACCUGGACACGACCACGCUGAUAGAGCCAGCCCCCAGGUAUCCAAGCACAGUGAGUGGUCCCAUCCAGCCCAUGGUCGGCCCCGAGGAGAACGUGGAGUAUGUGCGGACUCUAUAUGACUUCACUGGCAGCGACGCCGAGGACCUUCCCUUCAAGAAAGGGGAGAUCCUCAUCAUCCUGGAAAAGCCGGAGGAGCAGUGGUGGAGUGCCAAGAGUAAAGAGGGACGUGUCGGGAUGAUCCCUGUGCCCUAUGUGGAGAAACUGGUACGACCUCCACCCCAUCCCGGCCAGCCUUCUCAUGGAUCUCGCAACUCCAACAGCUAUGGGAUCCCUGAGCCCUCCCACGCCCUCGUUCACGCCUACGCCCAGCCCCAGACACCUUCUCCACUGCCCCCUGGCACACCUGGAGCAGUUAUCACUCCUCUCCCGUCCAUGCAGAACGGCCCUGUCAUGGCAAAGGCCAUCCAGAAGCGAGUGCCCUGUGCCUACGACAAAACAGCUCUUGCUCUAGAGGUCGGCGACAUCGUCAAGGUGACACGGAUGAACAUCAGCGGUCAGUGGGAGGGCGAGGUGAACGGACGGAGGGGUCUGUUCCCGUUCACCCACGUCAAAAUCAUAGACCCCCAGAAUCCAGACGAGAGUGACUGACCUGUGAGUCGGACCGGAGCCUGAACCCGCUGGCUCUCUCCACCUCCCCCCGCCAGUGUCACGGUUAUGUGCUUGCCUGCUUGGGGCUGUACCAUGAUAGCGACUCCUCUGUUGUUGCCGACCCUUGCAAGGCUUUCUGACUGUUUACAGCUUUUGGACAUCAGAUCUGAACUAAAAACAACCCGACCCCACUUCUCCCAGUUCCCUUAUAUAAUGUUUUUUUUCUCCAUGUCUUGGUUCCAGGCUGGGCAGUGUUUUUGCAUUAGUGUCCUUUUCAUUUCCAGAUCACUGGGCAUCUGUGUGUGUGUGUGUGUGUGUGUGCGCGUGUGCGUGUGCGUGCGUGCGUUUGUGUUCACAGUGGAUAUUUACCAUAUUACAUCACAACAUGUCUUUUUUUUUAUUUCUCUGAGUAUUUGUUCUGUUUGAAGUCUUGGGGACUUUUUGAAAACGUUGGUGUGUGUUUGUGUUGUUGAUGUGAGGAUAUUCGUGUGAAAUAGGGAAAAGCAAACAUCCUUGUGGACUUGGGAGAGCACUGAGGCGCUAACCAGCCAGUCAGAUCUCCAAACAAUCAGGUCACUGUCGUACCUUAACCAUGACACAAGCACACACGUGUACACAUGCUUACUGGCCAUGAGAUGUUUUUGUUUUCUUUAUGUGUAUAUGAUGUGUGGUUUGUGUCGGGAGGAAGCAGAAGAGAUGGGUUUGUGGAUUGUAGAUGCCAUUAAUCCAUCCGUUCUCCAACCUGCUGACUGGCUGAUGAGACUUAUUUAUCUUCUGUUAAUAAGACAUGACACGGCCAUAUGUGAUUUUUCUUAUUAGUGCCAGAUGAUCAAGUUCUGUUUCUUUUCAGGACAUGGAGAACUGCGUAUCCACUCGGUACCUCUAUUCUCACAUGAUGUGGAGCUAAGAAGACAUUGCUUAGAGAUUAGCAGGGUUUUUUUUAGUGCUGACAGCACCAAGUACUAAAAGAGACUUUUUUUUUUUUGCAUAGGAGUGCCAAGCUUUGAACGGGUUUCCAAAAAGUCAAAUAGCAACAGCAGUAGCACCGGCCAGCACGUCCCACAAGCAACUGACUACAAGGCAAACUAAAAAUGUGGGCAUGAGGACCGAAGCCUUUUGCACUGAGGUGAAAAACUCCACUUUCGGUGACAUGGGUCAGGGAAGGACGAAUGUCUCAGCAAGCCAAUGAGAGCCCAUCAAUGCCUUUUCGGAGUAAGACGCGUCUUACUUUUAGCGCAUGCAAUCCAUCUCUAACCUUCUGUUUUUAACGUGAUCUUACUCCUGUCCAUGUAGGAUUUCAACCAGCUUUAUUCCUUGAGUAUUUGGUCUCGAUAUGCAAACAGUAGUGCGAAGAAUCUCUGUUCAUAUUGUGCUGCGAGCAGUUUCUGUUGAUGAGGAGGAAGCCGAGGAUUAAACAGUCGUGCAAACAGUGCAGAACCGUGGAUUUCUGUUGUAAAACUAAACCCCACCACGUCUUCUAUUUAGUGCUUUUUGUUCACAUCGAAGCUCAGCUGUUCACACGGAGGAACAUUGUGCAGCUUUUAGUUGGAUCCUUUUUUCUUUUUUCGGUCAGUUUUGUCAAUUAAAUCAAACAUUUUGUUAUUAUUUUUUUGGUUAAAAUGAGUGAUGUUAUUAAAAAAAAAGUACCUAAGGUGACAUUUACAAAAAGGGAAAAAUGCCUGCUGGUUGCCUCUGUGCAUGACCUCUUGGCCAGGGAGACGGUUUUACCUGGCUGAAUGCUGCUUAAUGUCAUUUAUUUCCUCAUAAAAAUAAAGGUUUCUCUUAUUUGAAGCCCACCUGUUCGGGGUUCUCCUCGUCAAGCUUAAUGAAAUUUACUAAUUAAGCAAUACACCCUGAUUAUUUCCUUUCUGGUGGUGAACUUGCUUUUGUCAUGCUUCUGAGUUAUUUUGAUAUGGCAUUAACAGUAUUACUGUGCUCUCUUCUCAUAUUCUAGGAAAGCCUGUCUUUUACUUAAGAAUUGAAAAUUGUGCCUUUUAUUUUCUUAUACCAUUUACAUGUGUUAAUAUUUCCCAUGGUUAACACCUGUGCUGGUAUUGACCCUUUAUGUACAGAACAAGUAAAUAAAAUUUACGUCUACUUCUUUAA